AUGGUCCAACUUGUGGGUUCUCUCCGGAAAGAGCUGGCCGACUCCCUAUCCACCUGCAAGGUUUUGGUGGUGGGGGCAGGAGGGAUUGGCUGUGAGCUGCUGAAGAACCUGGUCCUCACCGGCUUCAAAAACAUAGAAGUGAUCGACUUGGACACCAUCGAUGUGAGCAACCUGAACCGUCAGUUCCUCUUCCAGAAGAAGCAUGUCGGCAAAUCUAAAGCACAGGUGGCCAAAGAAAGCGCCUUGCAGUUCUGCCCCAGUGCUAACAUCACAGCCUACCACGACAGCAUCAUGAACCCUGAUUACAAUGUGGAGUUCUUUAGGAAGUUCGUGCUGGUGAUGAAUGCUUUAGAUAACAGAGCUGCCCGUAACCAUGUGAACAGGAUGUGUUUGGCUGCUGAUAUUCCUCUGAUUGAAAGCGGCACUGCUGGGUACCUGGGACAGGUCACCGUCAUCAAGAAGGGAAUGACGGAGUGCUAUGAGUGUCAACCCAAGCCGGCCCAGAAGACCUUCCCAGGAUGCACCAUAAGAAACACACCAUCUGAGCCCAUUCACUGCAUUGUGUGGGCCAAAUAUCUGUUCAAUCAGCUAUUCGGAGAAGAAGAUGCAGAUCAAGAGGUGUCGCCAGACACCGCUGACCCAGAGGCCUCCUGGAACCCCGAAGACACGGCGGCCCGAGCCACCGCCUCAGAAAAGGAUGGAGACAUCAAGCGCAUCUCCACCAAAGAGUGGGCCCGCUCCACCGGGUAUGACCCCGUCAAGCUUUUCAACAAGCUUUUCAAAGAUGACAUCAUGUACCUGCUGACCAUGGACAAGCUGUGGAAGAAGAGGAAAGCGCCUACGCCUCUCGACUGGAAGCAGCUGGAGAAAAGCGCCCAUCCCAGCGAGGAGGUUCCAGCCUCAGGCCUGAAGGACCAGCAGGUUUUGGGCGUCUGGGGGCACUGCCAGCUGUUCCAGCACAGCGUGGAGACUCUGCGCGCACAGCUGCAGGAGAAAGGCGAGGGCGCCGAGCUGGACGACCCCCCGGCCAUGGACUUUGUCACCGCCGCCGCCAACCUGCGGAUGCACAUCUUCAGCAUGAACACCAAGAGCCGCUUCGAUGUCAAGUGUAAGUUUGCUGUCUCUGUUGGUGAGCUGAGCUGGUUUCUGUCGCUCUCGGCUGAGGCUGAUGGUCUGUGUCCUUCAGCCAUGGCAGGAAACAUCAUCCCCGCCAUCGCCACCACCAACGCCGUCAUCGCUGGACUCAUCGUGUUGGAGGGGCUGAAGAUCCUCUCUGGGGAGCUGGAGUCCUGCCGCACGAAGCUGCUGGUGCCGUGCAUCCUGGACCCGCCCAGCGCAAACUGUUACGUCUGCGUCAGCAAGCCAGAAGUCACAGUCAAACUCAACGUCAACAAGACGGCCGUCCUCUGCCUGCAGGACCGGAUCCUGAAAGAGAGGUUCGGCAUGGUGGCUCCAGAUGUUCAGAUUGAGGACGGGAAAGGAACCAUCCUCAUCUCAUCAGAAGAGGGAGAGACAGAAGCCAACAACAACAAAUUCCUCUCUGACUUUGGGAUUCGCAACGGCAGCCGUCUCCAGGCGGACGACUUCCUGCAGGACUACACGCUGCUCAUCACCGUCCUGCACAGCGAGCAACUAACGGUCCGCGUGUCCCUCCCUGCUGGCAGCGAGGAGCUGGAGCGGGACGUGGAGUUCGAGGUCGUUGGCGAGGCCCCAGAUAAAGCUCCGCCCCCUCAGAGCAACCAGGAGGAGGUCAACAGCAUCACCAACGGCAACAAGGACUCAGCCAAGCCGUCCACGUCCCUCAAAGCUCCAUCAGACGACGACGACGUCAUGAUCGUGGACUCGGAUGAGGAGGAAGGCGCCUCGUCCAGCUCCGCGGCGCCGGCCAGCGGCACCAAGAGGAAGCACCCCGACCAGGAGACCGGAGAGACCUCCACCAAGCGGGCGCGGGUGGAGCAGCCCAGCGCGGCGGCCGCAACCAACGACGACGAUGACGACGACGACAUCAUCGCUCUGGACUGA